GAAUCGCACGUGUCCCCCAUACACCGCCUCCGUUGUCCCCGAACCAAACCUCCAUCCCGUCUCCAUAUACCGUCUUCCGUGGGAGACAAAACACGCCAUGGGCGGCGGGAGGCGGAAGUCCGGCAAGAACCGGGCCCACGGCGGCCGAGCCGCCGAUGGCGGCGGAACCCGCCCUCUAUUUGCCGGUAGCCGAUCCGUCUCCGCCCGGCACUUUGCGGGCUCCUCUCCUCUCCUUUCCUCGACUUAUGCAAUUGAUGGAAGCUUCCGAGGCGGCCGGGGGAAGAAGAACGGAUCUGGUCGGCCACAGGGAAGGGGAAAUGCCUUCGGUUACGCCUACCCGACCUCCCCUGAGGAGACUAGCGGCGGCGAUGACGCCGGCCGCUCGAUCCUUCUCGCCCGGUCCGGCGAUAACCCGCCGAUCGUUGCUUUCGUGGACUCGAGCCCGUGCGAGGAACCGGGCGUUGGGGUACCUUCUUAUGCUUAUGAUCCGGCCGUGGUCGGAGGUGUGGGGUUAGGUUUUCGUUGUGAAGAGGAGGAGGAGGAGAUCGUGGUUUACAAUCCGGCGAAGGUUGGACGUGUUGGGUUAGGGUUUCGUGGUGGUGAGGAGGAGGAGGAGGAAGUUGGACAGGUUGGGUUAGGGUUUCGUGGUGAUGAGGAGGAGAAAGAAGAAAAGGAAGAAGGAGAAGAGGAGGAGGAAGAAGAAAGGAAUGAUGAAGGGGAAGAAAUGGUGGGAUUUGACUCGUACUCGACUCCAGAUGUCAAGCAAGAGGGAACAGGUAAGGGCUUUCUGUCAAUUGGUGGAGUUAGAGUGUAUACAGAGGACACUUCUUCGCCUUCUGAGGCGAGUGACGGAUUUGAAGAUGAUGAUACCGAUGAUGGAGAUGGAGAUUCUUCCGAGGAGGAUGGGAUGUCGGAUUCUGCUGACGAAUCCUUACCAGAUGGUGAAGAAGAAGCGCACUCUGAUGGCGAUUCGUUGUCUUUUGAUGAUGAUUCUGAUAUUGAUGAUGAGGUGGCUGAAGAUUACAUGGAAGGUAUCGGUGGCAGUUCUGAGUUGCUAAGUACUGGGUGGCUGGUGUCUGAGAAUUUGGAAUCAUCUGAUGAUGAUGAUGGUUCUUUGAAGAGUGGCAAUAGCAGUGAUGGAGAUAACGGGAAAUUAGGGGGGAUUGCUCUGAUGAAUGCAUCAAAAGAGUAUGGCAUGAAGAAGCCCAGUUCAAGGAAGGGGAAGGGCAGUUCAAGGAACUGGAUGUCUGGUUCCACAGUUGUGGAUGGUGGGUUAUCAGCAUUGGAUGAUAUGUUGUUUGUGAAGGAUCCUCGAAUGGCUUCAAGGAAAAAGAAGUCCUCUUCUCAUCUUUCACAAUCCUGGCCUCGUGAUGCUCGGAAAAGUAAGAAGUACAAGAAUGUUCCAGGUGGGAAAAAGAAGCAUCGCAAAGAACUGAUUGCAAUGAAGCGUCGCCAGCGUAUGAUCAAUCGUGGUGUUGAUUUGGAUCAAAUAAAUUCUGUAAGGCUGAUUAAACUGAGGAAGAUGGUCCUAGAUGAGGUUGACAUGCUGUCGUUCGAACCAAUGCAUUCCCAUGAUUGUUCACAGGUGCAGCGACUAGCAUCAAUUUAUCACCUAUGGAGCGGCCGUCAGGGUUCAGGCAAGAAAAGAUUUGUGACUGUGAACCGGACUGGACAGACAUGCUUGCCAUCUUCAAGAGAUAAAGUUCGCCUAGAUAAGCUGCUUGGAGCAGGUUUGGAGGAUGAUGACUUUGUUGUCAGUCAUGGAAACAAGACAAAACCUCAGGAGCAAGCAAAAGGUAGAACCAAGACAGGCAGAAGGCUAACUUUAGGUCCAGCUUUCUAUCAAAGGACAGAAAUGCACCAUUCUGCCCCAUCAAAGCUAACAAAGAAUGGUGAAGCGAGUGGAAAGAGGAAAGGGGUCAGGAAGCAGAUCUCAAGCUCGUAUGCAGAAAGACCAGUUUCAUUUAUUUCUUGUGGCAUUAUGCAAGUUAAUUCAAUGACAGAGAAUAUGGCUGUGGAUCCACAUGGAAGUACCAAAUGUGAAAAGUCUGCUAAAAGUAGGUCUUCCAAAUUGGGUGCGUUUGAGGAACAUACCAAAGGUUUUGGUUCAAAAAUGAUGGCUAAGAUGGGAUUUGUUGAUGGUGCCGGGCUGGGAAAAGAAGGCCAAGGAAUGGUUCAGCCCAUAGAAGUUAUCAAACGGCCCAAAUCUCUAGGAUUGGGUGUUCAAAUUACUCCGGAUAUCAGUGAUGUAAGAGUAAAACCAGAAAGUUUGGGUGCCUUCGAGAAGCAUACUAAGGGAUUUGGAUCUCGGAUGAUGGCAAAGAUGGGUUUUGUUCCAGGUACAGGCUUAGGAAAGGAUGCCCAGGGGAUCAUCAACCCGUUGACUGCUGUUAAGCUGCCAAAGUCACGGGGAUUGGGAGCCAAGUAGAGUUUCAUGUCUAGGUUAUUGAAAUUUAUUUACUGCUGUAAUUUAUUAAUGUAAUAGUGUCUUAAUUUAUGUUAAAUUAUGUCUGAUCCUUGUAGUCUAACUGAUUAAUCGUAGUAAUUACAUUUUUUAGCUGGCUGGUAUGGGGUUUCUAUAAAUUCUCCAUAGUGGAGGAAAUUAAGGCAUUCCAUUUAUAUCUUUCUUGUGCUGUGCAACAGUUUUUAUUCUUGAUUA